GUCACGUGUGUAUGCGUUCAUGUAACCGCGUGUGCAACAGGCGCUCUCACUCGCGUCUAAAAUAGCAUAAACUGCAACGAACUGCAACGAAACGGAGUUGAAUCGUAGAUGCGUCGCUAUUACCAUCAUUAUCGUAAUUUUUGUGAUAGCGCGGGAUGCGCGCUAUUAAGAUUUGUUAAUUUGUCAAUGUUCAUCCGUCCAGGACACGAAGACGAAGAAUGUCGUCAGUGUUCUCGAAGCUGAUUGACGGCGCGUCCGCGCGCUACGGCGUGCGACAGGAGACGCUGACACGCAGCGUCGCCGGAGCCGCUACGGCACUGUAUCUUCUCAAACUCACUUAUCCGCACGUCCUUACUCGCCUCAAACAAUCUACCCAAAAGAAAAGUCAUCAAUCCCACUCUAAGCACAAUAGAAACAAUACCGUUCUUCAAAAUAAUUCUUCUGAUAACAGUUCUACUGAAAAUGGCGGAGGAAAACAAAGAUUAUCAGUCGGAUUGGAUCAUGACUUUUUCCGACAAUUGAUGAUGUUAUUGAAGAUUAUGGUACCAGGAUGGCGUACCCGAGAAAUGGGUUUAUUGACGUGUGCAACACUGACGUUGUUGGCAAGAACCUUUCUAUCGGUAUAUGUAGCCGAAUUGGAAGGUCAAAUUGUGAAGAGGAUAGUUUUGCGCGAUGUACACGGUUUUGGCUUAAUGCUCGCACGAUGGUUUGCCAUCGCUUUGCCCGCCACCUUCGUCAACUCCGCCAUCAGAUAUCUGGAAGGUCGGCUGGCGCUUAGCUUUAGGGAGCGUCUGGUGAAACACGCCUACAAGAUGUACUUGAGUCAACAGACUUACUAUAGGGUAUCGGCUUUAGACACCAGACUUGGCGGGGCCGAACAAAGACUGACAGAUGACUUGUCAGAGCUAGCCAGUUCUGUAGCACAUCUAUAUUCUAGUUUAACAAAACCGCUAUUAGACUGUGCUUUAGUUGGUAUAGCGCUCAUUUCAUUUUCACACAAAAUGGGUGCAAAAACGAUACCAGGACCAUUAUUAGCGGCAGCGGUUAUUGCUUUAACUGGACAAAUUCUGCGUUUUGCUUCACCGAAGUUUGGCCAGUUAGUUGCUGAAGAAGCAACACGACGCGGGAAAUUAAGAGAAGCACAUGCUCGUAUUGGUGUGCAUGCAGAAGAAAUCGCAUUUUAUGGGGGUCAUGAUACGGAACAUCGUUAUUUGAAUUCCGCUUAUAAGUCUUUAGUGACGCAUUUGCAUCGCAUUCUCGCUGUAAAAUUAUGGUAUGUGAUGCUGGAACAAUUCCUCAUGAAGUAUGUAUGGUCUGGUACGGGACUUCUCGUUAUCGCAAUGCCGUUGCUUUAUAAUACAACAGCUACAUCAUUGGGAAGUAGGAUGAUUAAUGCAGAUAGCGAUGAUGGUGUGAGUGAGCGAACAAGGUAUCUAACUACUUCAAAAAAUCUUUUGAGCUCUGGAGCAGAUGCUGUUGAACGACUUAUGUCGUCUUAUAAAGAAUUAGUCGCAUUGGCGGGAUAUGCGGCGCGCGUCAGCGAAAUGCUAGACGUAUUUAAGGAUGCCGCACUUUGCAAAUAUAGGAGGAACAUCGUUACUAGUUCAUCAAGGUCUUUUCUAAAUGGUAACACUGAAUUCGCGGAAAAAGUAAUCGAAUUUAGUAACGGUACCCCAAUAAUAAAAGGAAUUGUUCGCGAAAGCACGGAUGGCAGUAUAAGCCUAAUCAACGUUCCGAUAGUCACACCUAAUUGCGAAAUAAUUGUACCUAACUUAACAGUCCACAUAAAACCAGGCGACCAUCUACUAAUCACCGGACCUAAUGGCUGCGGUAAAAGCUCUCUUUUUCGUAUCAUUUCUGGUCUUUGGCCUGUUUAUGAUGGAACUCUCGUCAGACCAGCUGAAAAAAAUUCUUCUAAGCAUAGCAGACCUGCCUUAUUUUAUAUCCCACAAAAACCGUACAUGACAGUGGGUUGUCUUCGAGAUCAAAUUAUCUAUCCAGCGCAUUCUAGAUUGGAAAAUUGUUCGGAUGAAGAGUUGUUACAAUUGCUGGAUGAUGUGGAUCUGCGAAGUAUUGUGGAACGAGAACCGGAAGGUUUCGAUGCUCUCGGCGACUGGGACUCUACUCUAUCGGGUGGCGAGAAACAACGACUCGCAAUGACUCGACUAUUUUAUCACGCUCCACAAUAUGCUCUAUUAGAUGAAUGCACAAGUGCUGUCAGUCUCGAAGCUGAAGGAAUAAUGUACGAAACCGCGAAGAAGAAAGGAAUCACUCUGUUAACCAUCACUCACCGAGUGGCAUCACUCGCACAAUAUCACAAAUUAUUGUUGAAAUUCGAUGGAGACGGCGGUUGGACUUUUGGUCCACUGAAUAUGGACGGAUUAUCGAUAUUACCGAAUCGGGAAGCCAAUGAGGAAGAAGUAGAACGAGAGAAAGCAAAGACUAGCCACUACCACAUGUUGCAUGAGUUGCGUGAUAUACACCCCGAAAAUACCUAUGUGGGAAUCAGUUGAAAAGUACAG